UAAAAAUGAUGUAUCGGGCUGCAGAGGGAAGAAAAAACAAGGCAUCCCGUAUUAUCGGAAGAGGCCUUUCAACAGCACUGUCACGAUGCAUCGGAAUUUUCUCCUUAGGCGACUCCUUAUUGCCGCGCUCGACACCGUAUCUGAAAGCAGCAAUGUCACUUAAAGCCUCCCGGCACCCGCUAGCUUUCAUUUUCGCGAUCGCACGCUCGACUCUGGUUUCUACCUCGAAACAUUCUCAAAGGUAGCGCUGUUAUGAAAGACGAAAGUGUUCUUUUCGGCCGAAAUGUUAUCAGCGAAAAAGGAAGUGUGUUCGAUUAGGAGGGGAUGUGAAGAUGAAGUUGUGCGCGGGAGAGAAACAGAGAGAAAAAAAGGUGUGUGUGUGUGUGUGUGUGUGUGUGUGUGUGUGGGGCGGGGGGGUCCUGUUCUUCCUUUUAGGGUUGAGGUUGGAACAGAAACGACUGCACACCACACGCUGUUCCGGUGCCAGCCUUUAGUCACGGCAGAUCGCAGAGCGCGAUAGUGGCGCUGGCUGUCAGUUAGAGAGAGACGGCCUCCGAGACGGGAGGAGCGGAGGAGAGCAGAACGGCGUGAUCGCGCUCAAAGUGAACCAAAGCGAAGUUACACCGGCGGGCGGAGAGACGCCUCCGACGGAGAACGUCGGCCAGGUACCAGAUGGAGCGUCCCGAGCAAAGCGACCUCGCCGACGGCACGGCGGGCGACCCCGGGCGACCCCCCGCCCUGCCGAUCAAACAGCGCCGAAGCCUCUGCUCUCAGAGCUCCAGCCCGGGUUCCAGCGUUGACCUGGACCCAGACAUGGACUUCAGCAGCCCCUUGGAGCACCAGAACCGGACCCCCGGCCACGCCGCCUUCCCCCCCUCAGCCGCCGACUGCCAUGCGCCACACUGCCCAAUACAUCACUUCUCCGGGCACUCCGGCAGUCACACGGUGAGAUUCCUCUCCGAAAGCACUCCUCCGCCACUGCCCAAAAAGAGACUGUCCCGCGCUCUGUCCCUGCCGGGGGGCGCUCUGUGCCAGCAGUGCUCGUACCAUUCGCACCACAAGAACCGCGAGAACCCCCCUUCCGCGAUGUCCCCUGCCAAAGGGGAGACGGAGACCGCGAAGUCCGAGCUCUCCCUCGAGUCGCGCCUCACGCUCCUCGGCUUCGACACUCCAGACUCGCGGCUCCCGGGCUUCUUCAAGAACUUCCGGAACCAAGCGGAAGUCUCUCUCGACAUUCAGCGGCGCCACCUGCUGUUUCUCAGGAGCAUGGCGCAGAAGCUGGAGGGGUUCCUCUUCGAAGAGCGGUCCGAGAGAGGGGCCGGGUCCCUUCGGCCUUCGGACUUCGUGCUGCACGAGGGCGGCGAGCCCCGACAGAUAGGACGCUCCGUUUUCUACACCGCGUUUUGUCCGAAAUAUCCAGGACGCAGGUUCGCGGCAAAGGUUCUCGAGUCUAACGGCGGGACUGCUGAUCCUGCCCAUCCAGACUGUCUGCCGCCUCACGUCAACAUUCAGCAAGUUAUCGCUUAUUUCCCACAAUGCCCACAAGAGCAGAGAACGCAGCGGCUGCAAUCUGAGAGAGAGGGAAGAGAGGAGAACGUCGCGGAAGACGUCGCCCCUGCAGGUGACGCGUCGCCCAGUCCGCGCUGCCCACCCUUACCGUGGGAGGGCACCACAGAGCCACACGGGAACGCUCCGGAUCGUGCCGGCGGCGGGUCGCCCACCGUCCUCUCGCUCAUGUCCAAGGGCCACGGGAUGGUCAUUGUGAGAGAGAUGCCCUGGGGGACACUGGAGGAUUUUGUGAGAGAGGGGACCAUCCUGCACCGCUCUGAGCCCGAGGUGUACGAGAGGCAGCUGGGACUGCUGCUCCUGCAGGUCACGCAGGGGCUGCAGCACCUGCGCAAACACACAGCCGCCCGCGCAGACCUCCGGCCGGACAGCGUCGUGCUGGUGUGGCCGGACAAAGACACCCGGGAAAAAAGUGAUGGACGGAAGGACGGAAGAGCAGAGCAAGCGGAAGCGCGAGGACAGAACGCAGGAGAGGAGAAAGAGCGGGAGGAAGCGGGAGAGCGAACGGCAGACAUACAGGCUCUGUGGAGGAAACGGGGUACGCCGCGCGCCAUACUCGCCGAGUUCCAGUGCGUGUUCGAAGCCGGAAGGCCCAGCGCAUCAGAGGAGCUCCAGCUGUCGAGCCUCCUGCGGUACUGUCUGCACGUUUCGGAAAACCCUCUCCUCCAAGAUGAGAGAGGGUCCUUCUACUUCCGCGGCCUGCUCCAGCUCGCCACCGCGCUGGUGGAAGGGGAGGCGAGGGUGCCGGACGCACCGGGGGUCCUGCAGCUUCUUCUGUGGGGCCCCAGGAUGGAGAUCCUCCAGCAGGGACCUUCUCUUCUCCCCAGCUGGCUGUCAGUGAAGCGCUCGCUGCUGAUCCUGAAGCUGGCCGAGAGGGGGCUCUCUGUGGACCAGCGCAGCCUGGACUGGGAGGACCAUCUUUGCCUGCAGUACCACUGUCUCACGCCCACGGACACCGUGCUGAGAAGCAGCACCAUACUGGGCCUGCACGGUAUUGCCCACUGAUGCAGUCCAACCAACGUCAACAACCGCUUGUCCCGAGCGGGGUCGCGGCAACCCGGAGCCUAUCC